AUGAAUGCACAAUUGAAUAAAAUCGAAGAGCGAGAUUCCUUAUCAAUCAAUUAUAUGAAUGAUGAAAAAAAUCGUUUAAACACCUUCGAUGAUAGUUGGCCGCACAUUCACAUUAGUCCACAUAUUCUCGCCAAAACUGGAUUCUAUUUUAUUGGGUUGAACAACUCCAAUGAUCGAGUUAAAUGUAAUUUCUGUAAAGUUGAAGUGCAAGACUGGGAGACUGGUGAUAAGGUGUUAAAUGAACAUCUUCGAUGGUCACGAAAUUGUCCAUUGCUUAAUCGGUGGAAAACACAAAAUCUGCCCAUGGAACCAGUUUCUGCUUUAGAUCAGUUAUUAUCACAAAUUGGUCAUGAUGUGACAUCUUUUAUCGAUCGACGACCUGGUGCUUAUGUAGAAACACAAAUGAUUAAAUACCCCGAUUUUCCAGAAUUUUCCAUGAAAACUGUACGAUUGCAAUCAUUCGACGGAUGGCCCAAUACAUUGAGAUUAACAGCUGAGCAAUUGAGUGAUGCUGGAUUCUUUUAUACACACAUUGGUGAUCGAGUAAUUUGCUUCAGUUGUGGUGGCGGUUUAUAUCAAUGGAGUGAAGAAGACGAUCCAUGGGAACAGCAUGCACUAUGGUAUGGUGAAUGUGACUAUCUAGUCCAUAUGCAAGGAUCUCAUUAUGCUCAAUUAAUCAAAUCGAAGUUCGAGGAAAAACAAUAA